UACCUCCUCACAGCCAUCAGCAUCGAGAGGUGCGUGUCCAUCGUCUGCUCCAGCCGCCCCUGCGCCCACCGCCCCCAGCACCUGUCGGCUGUGGUGUGUGCCCUGCUCUGGGCCCUCUCCAUCACUAUAAUUGCUGCAGUAGCUUUCCUGUGCCUGUCGCACCAGCACGAGCACUGCCGUCUGGCCCUCAUCUCCAUGUACACCCUCAACUUUGCUGUCUUUGCACCAUCCAUGGUCGUCUCUAGCACACUGCUCUUCAUUAAGGUCCAGUGCGGCUCCCAGCAGCGCCAGCCCAGGAAGCUCUACAUCGUUAUCUUCCUCACCAUCCUCUUCUUCCUACUUUUUGCUCUUCCCCUCAGCAUCUGGAAUUUCCUGCAGCAUGUCAGUUACAUGCUGGGGCAGUCCCAAGUGGUUUUCCUGCUUGCCUGCAUCAACAGCAGCAUCAACCCCUUCAUCUACUUCCUGGUGGGGAGCUGCCGGAGGCGCUGCUCCUUGGUGUCCCUCCAGGUCGCCUUCCGGAGGGUCUUCGAGGAGGAUAACGCGGUGUGCAGUGACAAUGCCACGAUGGAAACGCUGAGCCCGGCCUGUUGAGGCCUUUCUGCUGCUGUGCUUAAGCCCCCCCCCCCCCCCCCCGGAUGAUGGCUGGGGGUUUCACUGGGGACCCAGAUCAAUAAAAGUCUGCCCUGUUUCCCCAGA